UCAGAGGGUGCAGGCCAGAUAGCAGGGGAGCAGGCAGAGAAAGGAUGAGUACUCGUGUGGAUUUCUGUUACAACUUACUGCAACAACAACAAAAAAAACACCCCACCACCCCUUUUCUUUGCCCAAGUACACUCUUCUUCCCCCCAUUUCUUUCCUCUAUUCACUCUGCUUCCUCCCUCUCCUCCCCCCCUUCUGUUUUUGUUUGCUUUUCCCGUUUUAGAACCAUGGAAGUGACCUUCAUGUCACAGUUGCAUAACACAACAACAAGCACCACCACCACCACCACCACUGGCUCCAGCUACUGCUGCUGUUGCUGCUGCUGUCAUCAAGACAAGGAUGGCUGCUGCUUCCCCAAUCACAUCUCUCCCAUUCCUUCCUCUUCUUCAGAUGCUCAUUAUCAUAUACAUUCUUCUCCCUCUCAAACUCAACUCACACCACCACAUACCCUUUUGGCCUUUCCUUCUCCAGACAUGGCCAAGUGCAGUAAUAACGACAGCAAUAACAGCAAUGUGGAGAGGCAGAAGAAGAAGAGCAUUGAUGAUAGCAGGUGCUUGAAAGUUAGUACUGCUAAAGGGCAUUGGAGGCCUGCAGAGGAUGCUAAACUCAAGGAACUUGUUGCCCUUCAUGGCCCUCAGAACUGGAACCUCAUUGCAGAGAAGAUGGAAGCAAGAUCAGGUAAAAGCUGUAGACUGAGGUGGUUCAACCAGCUGGAUCCAAGGGUGAUCAAGAGAGCCUUCAGUGAAGAAGAGGAAGAGAAACUGAUGGCUGCUCAUAGAACUUAUGGCAACAAAUGGGCACUGAUUGCCAGGUUUUUCCCAGGGAGAACUGACAAUGCGGUUAAGAAUCACUGGCAUGUUAUAAUGGCUAGGAAAUACAGAGCACAGUCCUGGAAUAAUUGCAGGGCCAGAAGAGAGAUCAACCAGUCUUCCACUGCUAAUUGUUUUGUUGGGCAAGAAGAAUACGCUCCCAGUGGCAGCAGCCAGGAAUCAUUAUCACUCCAUUGCCCAUCUGCAACUUCCAGUGGAGGAGGAAGCACUAAUGCUGCUUCUCCUGGAGACACCAAUAGCAAAGGAGGAAAAGAAACAGUGGGAAAUUGGAAAUCAUCUUCAUCUCCAGUAUUGUUUGUUAGGAGCAGCAAUCCCAAGCCCAACUAUUUUCAACAACAACAACAAUCCCUCAUGGCCUAUGGUGUCUUUUCUGGUUUGCUCCAAAAUGCAGUUUAAAAGUUGCUUUAUUUUCCUUCUUAUCAGUGUCCACAUUGUGCUCCAUGGUUCCACUUCCAAAUCUACUACUCAUAGUUUUCCCCCAUCCAAUUGUAGAGAAAGACUUCCACUGCCAUGUGAUAAAUGACACCAUGGUUCUUCCCCAAAAUUUGCAGGUCAGGAGGGCCACUGGAGUCCCAUUCUGAAGAAGAAGCAGAGUAACAUGGUGAAAGAUGAUGGUACCACCAACACCACCACCUUCACUGCUUUCAUUGGCAAGCAAGCAUCUGGAGUCACAGUCAGUGAAGCAUCAACGUCAUCAUCAUUAUUAUCACUAUCACUAGCAAGGAACCCAGAAACCACAGCAGCAGAAGCAACAACAACAAGGGACCUAUUCAACACCAGCAAACCCUCAGCCCCACCACCACCAUUUAUAGACUUCCUUGGAGUUGGAGCCUGAAGAUACAGAAAGAUGUAAAGUUUCCAAACUAGGUAAAAGGGAGACAUGGGGAAAGAAAGAGACACUCGUGUGGGUAGUGGGUUAGGAUUAUAUAUGAGAUCAGUAUGUUAUCAUGAGCCGGGGAAAAGAUGCAUUUCCCAAGGAGGCAGUGUUUCUGGGUUAGGACUAACUCAAACAGGUUAGCUAGCUAGUAGCCUUUCAAGUUUCAACCUUCGUGUUUGUAACAAAGAAUCAAUCAAUCCUCUUUUGCCUUGUCAAUCUACUUCUUUCUGAAUUUUGCAUGUAUUUUCUUUUUUGGGUUAAGUUUACGCAGCCCCAAUAUUAAGCAUAAAAAGGGGUAGCUCUGGAAGAAGCAUGGGAAUAGCAUUAGUCCCAUUUCAGUAACAGACUUCCUUAAAUUCUGCUGCCUAAAACUGCUGGACAAUUAAAUUCCAGCAAGGAAGUGGCCAAGUGUUUUGUCAUCUCGUUUGUGUCAAACAUUCAGAACAGACAAACAAAAAACUAUUAUAAUAAUAAUAAUAUUCAUGGACGGUUACCAGAAAAUCGCAACAUGCAACAGUAAGCAAGUAACAAAACUGGGGAAAAGAGGCUUGUGGUGGGCCUUACAGCAAAAGCAGGACAACAGUGGUAGUUUUCACAAUACUGUUUCUUUUCUUCUGUGUGUUGUGUUGUUUACGUUUCACUGUGGCCUAGCAGACUUCAGGUGAGAGUUUCAUCAACUCCAUUAAAUACUAUAGAUCCCUACACACGAGGGGGUUAUUUUAUUUGACUCUGCCUCGCAUGAAUUUGAAAAGCAGGACUGUAAACAAUGUGCUUGUGGUCAAUUGGUUCAACGGUUCAUGUUGAAGAUGGAAAAAAGUAACAAUAUGAACAUAACUCCUGAACAUUAUGAAACUUGGGUUAGCGAGUGAAAACCUGUGGAAGGAGCUCCUUGACAUUCGAGGCAAGCUACAUCACACUUUCUGUUUGCCGAAUCAAAUGCUUGCACUCUGAGCUAUAGUCCCAGGUUUAGUAGAUGAGCAAGCAUCCUCAAGUUCUUGCUUCGACAGAAGCCUAGUGGAGUGAGCAAAUUUUGCUACCUGGCAGGAAUUAACGUCAGCUGGGGUUGCUGGUUGCACCAUAAAGUAGUUGUCAAGAGCUUUGAUGGUUUUAUCUAUGAAAGCC